AGUAUCUAAACCUGAUGUGAUUUCCCAGCUGGAAAAAGGGGAAGAGCCAUGGGUCCUGGACUCACAUGGAGGUGGAAGGAGAGAGAUCCUGAAAAGUGACUAUUUAGAUUGUGAGACCAAAAGUAAAAAGGAAUUAUCUCCAAGGCAUAAAAUAUCUGAAAAAAUGGAAUUACAGGGAAUAAUACUGGGAAGAUUUAAGAGACCUGAAUUUGAAGAGUCCUAUAAAAUAGAGAAUCAAUUAGAAAACCAUUGGGAAAAACCUGUGAUGGGAGCCGUAAGGAAAUCCAUUUCUCUGGACAGAAAUUGCAAGCCAAUGACAGUGAUCUUGAAAACUUCUGCCAGAAUAAGAGGUCAGGAAUGUAAUGAGUUUGGAAGGUGCUCACAUCUGACUUCAAAACAUGUUAGACAUCAAAUAGUUCCCAGAGGUGAAAAAACCCAUCAAUGUGCAAGUUGUGGCCAAACUUUCAAAAAGAAUUCAGAUCUUAUUAACCAUCAGAGUGUCCAUACAAGAGAGAAAGCUUGUAAACUUAAUAUGUAUGGAAAAAUGCCCAGUCAGAAUUCAAUUAGUAUUGAACAUCAGCGACUUCAUAACACAGAGAAAUCCUAUGAGUGUAAUGAAUGUGGAAAAGCUUUCAGCCAGAACAGAACACUUAUCAAGCAUGAGAGAAUUCAUACCACAGAGAAACCCUAUGAAUGUGAUGAAUGUGGAAAAACUUUUAGUCGCAAUUCUAUCCUUACUAAGCAUCAGAGGAUUCACUCUGGUGAAAAACCCUACAAAUGUAAUGUAUGUGGAAAAGCCUUUAGUGCCCGUUCAUACUUUUUUCAACAUCAUAAAAUUCAUACUGGAGAGAAACCCUAUGAGUGUAAUGACUGUGGCAAGUCCUUUAGUACUAGAUCAUCCUUUAUUCAACAUGGUAAAAUCCAUACUGGAGAGAAACCUCAUGAAUGCCAUCAGUGUGGGAAAGCUUUUAGUCAUAGUUCUAAUCUUAUUCAUCAUCAGAGGAUUCAUACUGGAGAAAAACCCUAUCAAUGUAAAGAAUGCGAGAAAGCCUUCAGUAGGCACUCACAUCUUAUUCAGCAUCAGAGAAUUCACACUGGAGAAAAACCAUAUGAAUGUAAUGACUGUGGGAAAGCCUUCAGUGCACGGUUAUCCCUUAUUCAGCAUCAAAGAAUUCAUACUGGAGAGAAACCAUAUGAGUGUAAUGAAUGUGGAAAAACAUUCAGCUUAAACCGAACUCUGAUUGUGCACCAAAGGAUUCACACUGGAGAGAAACCCUUUGAGUGUAAUGAAUGUGGGAAAUCCUUCAGCCAACGCUCACAAGUUAUCCAACACAAGAGAAUUCACACUGGAGAGAAACCAUAUGUAUGUAGUGAAUGUGGAAAAUCCUUUAGUGCACGUCUAUCUCUUAUUCAACAUCAAAGAAUUCAUACUGGAGAGAAACCAUAUGAGUGUAAUGACUGUGGAAAAACCUUUAGCCAGAAAGGUCACCUUAUUCAGCAUCAGAGAAUUCACACAGGAGAGAAACCCUAUGAGUGUAAUGAAUGUGGGAAAGCCUUUAGUCAGAGCUUUAAUCUUAUUCAUCAUCAGAGAACACACAAUGGAGAGAAACCCUAUGAAUGUAAUGAAUGUGAUAAAGCAUUCAGUGUGCUUUCUUCCCUUGUUCAACAUCAGAGAGUACAUAAUGGAGAGAAACCCUAUGAAUGUAAUAAAUGUGGGAAAGCUUUUAGUCAGGGUUCACACCUUAUUCAACAUCAAAGAAGUCACACCGGAGAGAAACCCUAUGAGUGUAAUGAAUGUGGGAAAACCUUUGGCCAGAUUUCAACCCUUAUAAAACAUGAGAGAACACAUAAUGGUGAGAAACCUUAUGAAUGUAAUGAAUGUGGAAAGGCCUUCAGCCAAAGUGCACACCUUAUUCGACACAGGAGAAUUCACACUGGCGAAAAUCCCUAUGAGUGUAAUGACUGUGGGAAAGCCUUCAAUGUACGCUCAUCACUUAUCCAACACCAGAGAAUACAUACGGGAGAGAAACCUUAUGAGUGUAAUGAAUGUGGAAAAGCCUUUAGUCAGCACUCACAGUUUAUUCAGCACCAGAGAAUUCACACUGGAGAGAAACCUUAUGUUUGUAAUGAAUGUGAUAAAUCCUUCAGUGCACGCUUAUCACUUAUCCAACACAAAAGAAUUCACACUGGAGAAAAACCCUAUGAAUGCAGUGAAUGUGGGAAAUCAUUCCGGCAAAGCUCUCAUCUUAUUCGACAUCAGAGGAUUCACAGUGGAGAGCGACCCUUUACAUGUGAUGAAUGUGGAAAAACCUUCAGUCAGAGAAUAACUCUUAUUAGUCAUGAAAAGAUUCACAACAGAGAAUAAUUUUAUGAAUGUAACUCACAUGAAGAAAUAUUUAGUAUGCACUCAUUUUAAAUUCAGCUUCACAAAAUUCACACUAGGAAGUCACAUUGUGAAUGUAAUUUGAGAAAAUUCUCUUUGCACUCACACAAAAUUUUGCAUUAUAAAGCUUACAGUAGAGAGCAAUACUGUGAAAAAACUCACUUCAUGACUUUUUCUACAAAUUUAGCACUCAAAUUUUUCACACCCUUCAAUAAGUUAAUCAUAGAACUUGUAUACACUGCCACCUGGUGGCAAUGAGGUGUCUAAAUUAUGUAUUCUGAUUUCCCAGGUAUGUGCCUUCCUUGUGAUUCAAAAAGUGGCUUUUGGCUCAAGGCCUCACAGAUUUAACCAUAAAUUAAUCCAUCACUUAUAGAAAUAGAGUCUAACUAUGGAAAUUGAAAAAUAUGCAACUUUAGUAAAUAGUAUUUAAAAAGAAUACAGCAAAUUUUAGGACAUUCUUUAAUACAAAUAUCUAUAUUCCAUUCAUUGUUAUAACUAAUUUCCCCUUCUUUUACCAUUGAACUUAUCUUUAAAGAAAAAGUACUGGGCUUAUUUCACUCAAAUGUUUGUUGAAAGCAACUUAAUUCUUUUUUGUUUAGUUCAGUUUGCUUAAAUAAUUCUAUAGAAUAUGAGAAUGUUUUGUGUAGUUCUACCAGAAUUCAUAGCAGUUGGUGUACUUAUCAAAUCUUCAGGUAACAUUGGGUGAAAGAAUCAGAAUCCAGAAAGAUCCAAUAACCAAAACUAUGAGUUAACUCUAAAGCUGAAAUUAAAUAGAGAUUAAUUGAAAACCCUGCAUAGAGGUUCAAAAAUUCAACUCUAUGAGCACAGGAUGAAUGAAAUCUUGCUUUAACAGCAGUAUAUGUAAAAAUACCUGAGUGUCUUAUUGCACUGCUGCUGCCAUUGUUGAUGUUUGUUCUUCAUUAUCAAAGAGACCAUGACAUGCAAGUGAAUUAGAUUUGAGUGAGGGACAGCUGUCCAAGGUCACCAGUUUCAUUGUCUCCUCUGAAUCCAGUGACCAGAUGUAGAUCAGGAAGACUGGAGAUGGUCCUGGGGCAGUGAAAGACCUUUCAAUAUGAAUCACUAUUGUGUUAGAGUAGCCAGAAAAAGCAAAUAUAAUCUUAAACUAUAUUAAUUUGGCAUUAUGGUCAGAAAAAAUUGAUGGCACCUCUGUCUUCUGCCCAUCAUCAGAGAACACAUAGAAUAUAGUGUUCUUAGACUAUUUUAAAUAUUGCAUUAUGUAAGAAGAGGUGACUUGAAACCAUGUUAUCUGAGAAAUAAGGAAUCUUAGAUUUAGAACUAAAUCUAAGGUCACAUAGUUCAACACCCCUCCUCCCCAUUUCAUAUAUCUAGACAUAGGUCUACAGAUGGGAGAUGAUAUGUUCAGGGUCACACGGGACAAGGUUGGUGUUUGAACCCAAGUUAUCCUCUUUAGAUCCAGCCUUCUUUCGUUACACAACCUCUACCUGUGAACAGAGAAUGUUUAGGCUGGGGGAAAAUAUAGGAUAUGAGAAGAAAAUAUUAUUACUGUCUUAAAAUAUUUGAAGAGCUGUCAUGUAAAAGAAAUUUAUUAUUCUUGGCCCUGGAAAGCAGAACUAAUAUCAGUAGUUGGAUGUUAUAGAGCAGAUGUCAGCACAAGGAGUAAUUUCCUUCCAAUUAGAAAAAAUUCUGUCCCAAGAAGUAAUAGGUUCUCCAUAUGAAAGCUGGAUAGCCACUUGGUACAGAUGAUAUAGAGGAAACUUGUUUUUGGAUAUUGGUUGAUUCUGUGGAUAAUCUGAAAAGUUAGAUGAGAAAAUAUCUUAUUUCAUGUGGAGGUGGAAAGAGACAUGGGAACUUCUAUAUACAGUCAACACAAAGAUAGCAUGUUGCAUAAACUGGCAUUAACACAUAGUUUUUAUAUUGGAAAUUGGUUCACUAUGUUUUGAGUAGCAAGUGGAAGAAAGAAAUUGUAACAACUGCAGCAUCCAUGCAGCAAUAUGACAUGGUAGAAAGAGCACUGGGCUUAGAACUGGCAGAUCUAAAUUCAAAGCUUGACUCUCACACUUCUUACCUCUAUGAGGGAAAGUCACUUCACCUUCUGAUUUGUUUAUUCAUAUGUGAUAUAUAGGUGUCACUUAUAUUGCAGGGUUAUAAGCAAAGUACUUCAUGAGCCCAAAGGACUAUGAAAAUUAAAUUACACACACACAUAACAUUAGUACCUUAAACGUAGAGAACCAAAGACUGGCCAACAUCAGUUUUUCUCAUUGAACAGGAUGCAAAUUCUACCAUGAGGGUAGGGUUCUGGUGAUUUAGCAUGAUACUCCUGAAACUGCUCGUGAGGACAGUCCUCUCCUCCUAUCCCCAUCCCCAGCACACUGAUUUUACUUUUCUUCACUCACUGCUAAAAGUACUCCUGUGUGGAAGUCCCCACUUAGAUUCCUCCUCUGCUACUACUUCCCCAGGUAUAUGUGGCCUUAAAUCCUAUGUGGUACUUCAGUUUUGUGGGUUAUAAUGUGUUUUGCAGACCUUAAAGGACUACAUAAAGGUAAGCCACCAUUUUGCUGAUAAAGGGGCUGUUCAACAGGUAAUUUUCAUCUCUUCUGAAGCUAUAAGUAUCAAUAUUCUGAGGGUCUUAGUUAUCUUGGCAUAUCUAGCUUCAAUUCUAUUUUCUUGCAACUGUAUCCUUAAAGAAUUUGUCCUGGAGCUCAUAAUGACGUUAGGCAGUUGUUUUUUACUCAUUCCACAUAACUGUCACAUGCUUUUGGAAGAAAAAAAAGCUUACAGCCCAAGAUGGAUGAAAGGAGGUAGAAAUGAAGGUAGUACUUAGGUAGCAAGUUGUAAAAUAAGGAAGUGAUAAAUAAUUACCUAAUCCUGAGAUCAUUAGAACAUCUGAAAGCAACUCCAGGGAUUUUGAUGCUCUAACUCUCGGAAGCCCUAGAACAAAGGACAAAGGACUGUUAAGAUUAAGAGGGAUUCAGGUUAGAUUAAGUUGGGGGAAAAAAGUUAAACAAUUAAUGAAGGAGCUAUGGUCAAAAAAGCACUAGAUUUGGAAUUAAAAUAUUAAAGUUAAGAUUCUAACUACCUAAUAAAAUAACUGGCAUGUAGCACGUUAGGGCUUGCAAAGUGUUUUAACAUCCAUGUGAGCUAAGUAUUAUAGGCAUUAAUAACAUUCAAGUAGCAUUCAUAUAGCACUUUAAGGAUUGCAAAGCAUUUUACACAAAUAUUUGAUCUUCACAAAAACCUUGCUUGAAGUUAGGUACUUUUAUUAUCUCCAUUUUAUAGAGAAGGAAACCAGGACAGGUAGCUUAAGUGACCUCCUCAGGGUCACAUAAAUAGUGAAUAUCUGAAGCUGGAUUUGAAUUCAAGUCUAUCAGACCAGCAUUCUAUUCACUGACACCUCUCUGACAUUACAUAUGAGGAAAGUUAGGUUUAUGGAGACUGUGAUUUUCUUUAAGAUACUAGGAUUUGAAUCCAGGUCUUUCUGAUUCUAAAUCCUGUAACACUCUCCACUACAGCACUGAAUCACCUCUAUGACUUUAGGCAAGACAUUUACUCCAGCCUUAGUUUUCUAAUUUACAAAAGGAAUGGGGUUGGAUUACAUGAUUUCUGGAAGGUUCCACUUUUAUAUUUUGCAUACCUUGAGAUACACCCAAUAUAUCUUAGGUAAAUUCUUUCAUUAGAAAGUUGCUCUAAAGCAGGAAUUCUUAACCAGAGUUUUGUAAAUUUUUUUAGAUGACAGUAUAAUUAGUUUUAUUUGUUAUCCUAUACAUUUUAUUUUAUUCAUGUAAAAACAUUUCUAAAUAUGUGCCCAUUGGUUUCACAAGGCUGACAAAACAUCAUACUAAAGCAUUUGCUUUACUAGUUAAACUCAUAAUCUCAGAUUUCAAAAGUUUUCAGAGGCAGAGCCCUAAACUCAAGCACAAAAAUUGAACAAUCCUUCAUCAAAAAAAAAAAACCUGAGCUUAGCAAUUGGUAAGAAUAAUUAAAAUAGGAAACUGCCAGAUAGCUGACCAGUGGCCACAUUCCCAGCAAGUUCUUUGAUGUUUCUGCACCAUCAUCCUAUUUUCUAGGUCACUGAUCUCAUGUCAGACAUAAAAAUUACUAGUUAUAACUUCUCAAAAGUUAUCUCUAAUUUGUUCUUGAACUGGAAUCUUUCAGGGGGUGGAAAGCUCUACAUUUUCAGGCAAUUCAUUUCAUUUGGGCUCCUGUACUCUAUUUGGAAACUUUUCCUUAGAUUGAAACAAAUGCCCCCACUGUAGCUUCUACAUAUUCCUUCUAUUUCUACACUUCAGGGCCAAGCAGAAUAAGGAAAAAGUUGUUCCAAUUUAAAUAUUUCUUUAAAAGAUAAUUUAAAAGGGAAAUUUUUCAACCAUCCCGAUGGUUUUUGCUCUUCUACGCAGACUGGAUGGCCAUGGUAUUAACAGAUUUCAGCAGCAGUAUACCUUAAGAACAGGAGCAGCCACUUAAAUGACAUUUACUUAAGGUGUCCAAAAGUCCAACCAAUUUAAUCUGUCUUCAUUCAAAGCCCUAAAAGCUUCAUUCUCAGUUGCAAGUUUCUAGUUAGACUUGCCCACAGCUAUUAGAACUGCCAAGAAGAAAGGGAAUACUCAGGGUCUCCGUGUCCUUUUUCUUUAGUUUUUUGUUCCAAGAUUCCAUCUUGCCUUCCCAAUAAGAGGCCAAAAAAAAAAAAAAAAAAGCAAAA